AUGGCCUCUUCGUCUUCUGAUCUAUUAUCAGCUACGGCAACAACAACAGCAUCUUGUUUUCCGAUUCAAGCUGUGUGUGCAGACGAGGACGUUCAAAGAGCGUUACUAUGCCGGCAUUUCAUGUUUCUGGACGAUGCAGUAUUCUUUUAUUUGGCUCAAUCUGGUCUGUUGAAUAAAAUAGUGAACGUAUUUCAAGCUAAAGAUUGUAAGCUGAAUGGGUCAAAUCAAAUUAAUGGUCAAAAGCGUUGCCAUGAAGAUAUUGAUGGUGUCUACGAUACCGACAAUAAUUCAUCUGAUAGUGAAGAGUUACCAAGAAAGAAAACGAAAAGAAUUAGAAUAACUCUUGUUGAUAUUUCAACUCAAACGGACGAUUCUUCAAUAAUGACUUUAUCUUCUCCAUCGUCAUUAGAUUCUAUUCUAUCAACAACAACGAAAACAAAAGCAAUAGUAGCACAAGCCGUAGAUGUGGACGCUGCACGUGAGAAAAGACGCUACCAAUUACGACUCUUAGCUUUUCAUACCAUAUCUUUACACAAAAGCGACUUUGCUCUCUUAGAUCAUCAUGGAUUACUGGAUCCACUCGUUCAAAUAAUCGAAGAUGUCGAACGCACAGGUGCUAUUACACCCUACUUACAAUCCUUUGAUAAGAAAGAUUCAGUUGAUUCUAUUGAAGUACACGAGAAGCAUGGCAUCUGUGAAGGACUAGAAGAAGAAGACGAUGAUGACGAUGAAAAUGAAGACGAUGAAGGUGGGGAUAUAGAUUAUCAGCUUGAAAUGUUGAGGGAAGCUGAGGAUGAUGACGAGGAAGUUGAAAUUGAACAGAACGAGUCCAGCAGUAUGGAAAGGAUAUUUCAAGAAUAA